AUGGCAGCACCGGUCGAUGAACUGAAUCAGGGGAAUGCUGCGACAAUAAGGUACACAAUAGGUGCGCCUCGCGACCAGAGUCAGCCCGGUCAGCAAACAUCAUCAAACGCCCAAUACAGUCCUUAUGGGCCACCAACCCAGACGAACGGAAAUGGCAAUGAUACACAAUAUGACAGCGAUGCCCGAUAUUCCACAGAUAGUCGAACCGGUAGAAAACGAUCACUGGGCGGCGCUGGUACUAGCGAGCGGAGCAGAUCACGGACAAAUGGCAGCACCGGGAAGUCUUCAAAUACUGCUGUGCGAAUCUGUAAAAAGUGCGGCGAGCCAUUGACAGGACAGUUUGUGCGUGCGCUCGGCGGUACAUUUCACCUUGACUGCUUCAAAUGCGCCGACUGUGGACAGAUAGUCGCGUCGAAGUUCUUCCCUGUUGAUGCCGAUGAUGGAUCUGGCCAAUUCCCGCUCUGCGAGACAGAUUACUUUCGCCGGCUGGAUCUAUUGUGCUUCAAGUGUGGAGGUGCGUUGCGUGGCUCAUAUAUCACGGCGCUCGACCGCAAGUACCACAUUGAGCACUUUACCUGUUCUGUUUGCCCUACGAUAUUUGGUGCUCAAGACAGUUAUUAUGAGCAUGAUGGAAAGGUCUAUUGCCACUAUCACUACUCCACGCACUUCGCGCAGCGCUGCAAUGGCUGCCAGACCGCCAUCCUCAAACAAUUUGUCGAAAUAUUCCGAAAUGGGCAGAAUCAGCACUGGCAUCCUGAGUGUUACAUGAUUCACAAGUUCUGGAACGUCCGCUUGGCACAGAGUGGGCAGCCCCCUGUCAAAAAAGACAUCACUGCACCGGUCACAGAAGAUGAGCGGGAUAUCGUCAAAGAAGAAGAGGAGAAGAUGGAGGACAAAGUCUACCGCAUUUGGAGCACGCUUUCAACCUUUGAAGAAUCAUCUGCUUCAUGCAUCUCCGAUAUGCUAUUGCAUGUGAGCAACGGUGUCUAUGUCGACGGCGUUAUUGUCGCCCGGAAAUUCAUCUGGCAUGUUGACAUUCUAUUCGGAGCUAUUGACACACUUGCAGCGCUUGUGGUCAAUGCCGGGCUGAAGGAACUCGCCUAUGGCCGAGAAGCAAAACUUCUCUGCAAGAAGGUGGUCGCUUUCUUCACUCUGCUGUCCAGAACUCAAGAGACGGGCGUGCGCAAGCUAGGAGUCACCCAGGAGCUUCUAUCGUUGGUUACUGGUCUGGCCCACUAUUUGAAGCUGCUCAUCCGAAUUGGCCUGCAGGGAGCCCUCAAGCUCGAACGGGAACGAGGAUCCCCGGAAGGUCUCCAUGCUUUCUUGGAUGAACUGGCUGAUUUGGAGUUGAUCAAGGAACAAGAAAUGAAAUCGCUGGAUCUGGCAGAAAGCGUGGCGGGCCUGGCGAGUCAAGAAUCCGACUGUUGCUCGGCAUGCUUUGAACCUAUCGACGAUGAAUGCGUCAUGAUCUAUGGCCGGCGCUGGCACGCAAAGCCGCCCCAUCUGACAUGCAGUGUCUGUCAGAAAGAUCUGACAAACGACCUUUCCAAUGCCGUCUACAGCGAGCGCGAAGAAAAGGUAUAUUGCCUUGAUCACGCUUCGCGAGUUCAGAAUACUGUUUCCGGAUUCUCCUAUGUUACCAAGCUACAACAAUUUGUCUUCCUUCUCCGCGUGGCUUUGGCACGACUGCUUGAGGUGCUCAAGUCAGGGGGCACCUUGCCACAUACAUCGGAUGAUCCCAAUCUCACGCCAUACGACACCAGCGAGGGUCAUCGAGUUUCUCCGACGGGCGAACAACUCACUCCUCAUCAGAAGAUGGGCUCACGGUCGCGAUCUUAUGCGGGUGCGUCAAGUCAGCAAGAAUCUUCGUUGGAGCAGACCGUUGGAGAAAUGAAACGACUUCGAUCGACUCGAAAUGAACGAACUCUAUCUACGACAUUCCGCAAAGCUCGGGAGUCAAAGAUACUCUACGGACCAACAGGCGUGCGACCAGGAUCCGCUAGCGGGGACAGCCAGGAGGCUAGGAAUCGUGGUGGCUUCCAAAUCGUGGAAGAACGAGAUCUAGACGGCAGGAUGAGACCCGAACUGACGUUUGGACACCAAGACGGUCUGACGCUCGACGACAUUCCCAGAAUCGUUGCUGCAGAGCAAGCAAAGGAGCAAAGACCCAAUGCCUUCCGUCAUGCAGGCACCAAUCUUAUUGGGCACCGAGGUAACGAACCCAGACUGGUUAAUGGCCACUCACGAGGAACCUCUGGGGGCAACGACCUUUUAGCCGGCGAGCCCAGUCCCCUGCGCACUAAGCGAUUCUUUUCGGAACUAUCCGCGCUGGAGUACUUCAUUGUACGACAUGUGGCGGUUCUCUCAAUGCAGCCUCUUUUAGAAGGCGAAUAUACUCUCGAAGACUUGCUUGGACUGAUCGAGACGAGAAAACAAACCUUCUGGGGCAAGGUCAGUCGUGCACUUCGAAACGAUGGGAAAGCCAAAAAGAAAGGCAUCUUCGGGGUGCCAUUGGAGACGCUCGUCGACCGCGAAGGCGCCGAAUCCACCAAUGGUGUCGGCCCCGGAGCCUUGAGGGUUCCAGCAAUCGUGGACGACUGUAUAUCUGCCAUGAAGCAGAUGGACAUGUCAGUAGAGGGCGUCUUUCGGAAGAAUGGCAACAUCAAGCGAUUGAAAGAGGCCUCGGAAUUGAUCGACGCAAAUCAGACUCCAGACCUCAGCCGCGAGAAUCCUGUCCAGGUGGCCGCUCUGCUCAAGAAGUUCUUGAGAGAAAUGCCGGAACCGCUGUUGACCUUCAAGUUGCAGAGGCUGUUCAUCAUCUCCCAGAAGAUCACAGAUGAGGAGCGCCGAAGAAGAGUACUACAUCUCACAUGCUGCUUGAUGCCCAAGAGUCAUCGUGACACCAUGGAAGUGUUGUUCUCAUUCCUGAAGUGGGCUGCCUCGUUCUCGCAGGUCGAUGAAGAAUCAGGGAGCAAGAUGGACAUCCACAACCUGGCCACGGUGAUGGCUCCCAAUAUUCUCUACGCCAAAGAGAAGGCGCCCAACGCGAAGCUGCCACAGGUGCCACAAGUGGACGACAGUUUCCUCGCCAUCGAAGCCGUGAACACUCUGAUCGAGUAUAACGAUUACUUCUGUCAGGUUCCUGAGGAUCUGCAGUCCAUUCUCACAGACACUGGUCUUCAUACCGGAUCUGCAGAGAUCACGACCAAGGAGAUACUCUCGAGAUACGGUCACAUCGCAAAGGGUCAAGUCCAGAAGCAAACCGUCCAGGCAGCCGAUGCUCCGGUGCGCAGCCCGGCCUCGACGACCAACUCCAUUGGUCCCGUUGCUACACGCAUUGAUGUCGACCCGUACCAAGCUACGGCGUGGCAAAAGCAGAGCUCUGUCCGCCCAGUGCAGAAUGUGGCAUCGACAACAUCUGCCCCCACAAACGAGUUCAACUUCAGUGCCCCGAGCAGCCCGUAUGCUCGGAAACGUGCCGGUAGCGCUGACAGCGCCGGAAGCCACACCGUUGCACCAACAGGGCGUCACAGUUAUCAAUCGAAACCCGGUCAGGUGGGCAUUGCAGGCUGA